CGCGUAUGUUUGACACCGCCCCGGUAGCCCGGACAUGCUCUUGUUUCUCAACUCGGGCUUGGAAAGAUCAAAGGAGAGGUCGUACAUGCGUGCUGCAUAGCUCAAUUAAACGCAGAACAUGCGUAAAUGGAAUAUAUCGAAGUAGGGGCCAAGGUGCACUGGGGAGCACGUGCUCUGCUCUCUACCCAAAGUACAUAUAUGGCUUACAAUUGCCCCCCCCCCCCCCCCCCCCCCCUGUGCUUCCCUCAGCUGGCGUUGCAGUGCAUCGCCACCUCGUUCCUGACCUAUACCGCAUGGGAUUGCUUUGGUCCUUCUCUUUCGAGACGUGUAUCUACCAAAACAUCCUCAGGGGAAUUCGGCCAAGUUGCAUUAGUGCAACAUAGCUUUUCUACCAAGAAAAUGGCGUCGGUAGUGGAGGCGCGAGUGGCCCCUUUGGCGAAAAACCGUCUGGGCGUGUCCCCAAAAUUCCGGUGCCUUCUAGCCCCAGCGCAAACUUUGGUGGGACCGAGUGUCUCUGGUGCUGUAUCCUAA